AAAGAAAUACCUGAGUCCAUGACAGAAAAAGAUGCAAUGAUGUUUCCAGUGGUUUCUAGUCGAAGUCUGUUUAUGAUUUACAUUAUUUUAAGGGUAUUUUCUGAGGAACACAUAAAUCUAUUAUUGACUUUAUAUUUUUAUGUUCUUGGAGUGGUACUUAUAAGUGAUUUUAUAAGGUAAUGAUCUAUUACAUUAUUUACAAGAUAUUUAAAAUACAAACUAUUGCCACAAUAUAUUUAUUUUUUUUUUACUUAGUACUAAAUUCUAUGCCAUAUUACCAAAAAGUAUACCUAUAAUGAAAUACCAACUGCAGUUGACAAAAGGCACCAGUGAACAUGAUUGGAUUAAUGUAAAAUUUACACUACAUGAUGUGUUAUUCUGUGUAACGUGUGCAACAUUAGGAACGUUUUACAUAAUUAGCAAGCAUUGGAUUGUAAACAAUAUAUUUGGAUUGGCAUUUGCUAAAAAUGGAAUAGAAUUGUUACACUUCAAGACCAUUAAAGUUGGAUGCAUCCUCUUAUGUGGUCUAUUUGUCUAUGAUUUAUUUUGGGUGUUUGGUAGCAACAUUAUGGUUACUGUGGCCAAUUCUUUUGAUGGUCCUGUCAAACUUAUAUUUCCUCAGGAUUUAUUGGAAAAUGGUAUUUUGGCUGCUGAAAACUUUGCUAUUUUAAGCUUAGACGAUAUUAUUAUCCCAGGAAUAUUUAUUGCAUUUAUGUUAAGAUUCGAUCAUAGCUUAAAUCGUAAGACAAAUACAUAUUUCAAUGCGACUAUUUUGGGCUAUUUUUUGGGAUUUCUUACUACUGUAUUUGUCGCGCACAUAUAUAAUGCAGCUCAGUCAGCUUUAUUAUUCUUGGCACCUGCAUGUUUAAUUACUCCUAUGUUGGUGGCUUUUGUAUGUGGAGAUCUGAAAACUUUAUUCAGUUAUGAAGAACAUAAAAUGGAACCAGAAAAUUGAAAUAAUGUAAAGGUCAAUUCUAUUAUUUCUCAUGUUAUAUUAAAUUUAUGUUUUAU